UCUGCUUAAAGUUCUCAGGAGGUCUGGAAGCCAGGGAGAAGCAGUGGCAGCAGCAAGAGAGUCUGCACUGGUGGAAGCCUUCCGACUCAUCAGGGGGAACGUGGCGGAUCUGCUUGGGAGUUAAAGCCUUCAAGCCGAGGAAGGAGAAUUCAAGGCUGAGAAGAACUUUCCUUGUUUUCUUCCUGGACUUUUGCUGCAACGCAAGCGGAGUUAGACGGCAACAUUUUCUGGGGUGAUAUCUGAUUUGGUUGUGUUUCAUGCUUUUGGGGAGAAAUAGGCAAGUCAGUUGCUGGGCAGAGUGGAUUGAGAAAGAGCCACUUGUUGAGGUGAAAGUGUAUUAAGGCUAUAGCAGUACAGGUAGGAAUGAUGCAGUUGGACAACUUCAACCACGGGAACAUCCACUCUUCUCAAGGUCAUCGCGGAAUGGCCAACAACAAGCCCAAUGUCAUCCUUCAGAUAGGGAAGUGCAGGGCUGAGAUGUUAGACCAUGUGAGGAGAACCCAUCGACAUCUCCUGACUGAGGUGUCCAAACAGGUGGAGCGGGAGCUGAAAGGCCUGCAGAAAUCAGUGGGGAAACUUGAGAACAAUCUUGAAGACCAUGUCCCCUCAGCCGCUGAGAACCAGAGAUGGAAGAAAUCCAUCAAGGCCUGUCUGGCUAGAUGUCAGGAGACCAUUGCCCACCUGGAAAGGUGGGUCAAGAGGGAGAUUAAUGUCUGGAAGGAAGUCUUUUUCCGCUUGGAGAAAUGGGCCGAUCGGCUGGAAUCCGGUGGGGGGAAGUAUUACCAUGCCGAUAACACCAGACAAACUGUCUCUGUAGGAGUAGGAGGCCCGGAAAUCCGACCCGGCAAAGAGGAAAUCUAUGAUUAUGCAUUAGACAUGAGUCAGAUGUAUGCCCUGACUCCUCCUCCUAUGGGGGAAGUCCCUAGUGUGCCUCAGCCCCAUGACUCCUAUCAGUGGGUCACUGUCCCAGAAGAUACCCCACCCUCCCCAGUAGAGACCCAGAUUUUUGAGGAUCCCAGGGAAUUCCUGACUCACCUGGAGGACUAUCUGAAGCAGGUGGGUGGGACUGAGGAGUACUGGCUCUCUCAGAUCCAGAAUCACAUGAACGGUCCUGCCAAAAAGUGGUGGGAAUACAAGCAGGACUCUGUCAAGAACUGGCUGGAGUUUAAGAAAGAGUUCCUUCAAUACAGCGAGGGUACCCUGACAAGGGAUGCCAUCAAACAGGAGCUGGACCUCCCCCAGAAGGAUGGGGAGCCACUUGACCAGUUCCUCUGGCGCAAAAGGGACUUAUAUCAGACUCUCUAUGUAGAUGCCGAUGAAGAGGAGGUCAUCCAGUAUGUUGUAGGGACCCUCCAGCCCAAACUCAAGCGUUUCCUUAGCCAUCCCUACCCCAAAACUUUAGAGCAGCUGAUCCAAAGGGGCAAGGAAGUUGAGGGCAAUUUAGACCAUUCUGAGGAGCCCAGUCCCCAGAGAUCACCCAAACUCCAGCUAGGAGGAUCAGUGGAAAGUUCGCCUCCUUCCUCCACCGCUAGUCCUGCUGCUAGUGAUGAAACUCACCCAGAAGUUUCUGCCCCACCAGCCACAGUGAUCUGAGACAUGAAAAGAGGCACUGGAAACACAGAUGGGAGCCAUCAGCUUAUUUGGCAUAUUUGUUUCCUUUCAGUGGGUGCCUUUGGCUACACUGAUGAUCCUGAGAUGUUCUCAGCCCAGUGGCUGGUUGGAGGUGAUUGGCUUUUUCUUUGGAGUAACCCACGUGGGGAACAUAGUUAACUUGGAUCAUCUGAUGUGCUUCAAGCUGGAACGUUGGUAGCUGAGUUUGAGGAUUGCUUUCUAUAAGCAAGGAUUAGACUAUGUUACCAAGGUAGGUGUCCUUCUUUUGGAGCACAGACAGCUAUAUCUCCUUGGGCAGUGAUUUUCUAGGGAUUAUAAUAGAUACAAUAAUAAAAGCUCCUUCCUUCUUACACUAGUCCUGUCCUUGAACAUGCUUUUCCUUCCAGGCAUUCUCUCAUCCUUCCCGGUAGCUGUUGAGAGAUGACCGUUGUUUAUCUCUGCAUUAGCCAAUGGAUUUACUUAUUUUCUAGAAAGCUGUGCAUUUCUAUUUUUAUACUUCCUCAGCAUCUUUCAGACUGAGCUCCAAAACAUGUUGGAAAGCAAGUUUCAGGUGGCCUGGCAGAACUCCAAUGGAAAUUCCAGCCAUCACUUGAAGCUCUGUUGUUUUGGCCUCAGUUUUAGUUCUCAGAUGGGUCUCUGGAUUCUCUCUGACCUGAUUUUUAAGGUCCUUCAGCUCCAGGAAAGCCAUUAGUAGACAAACAUUCUACCUUUCCUUCUCUAAAUCCAAGCCGUUGAGAUGAGAGGGGUGCAUACAAUUGAAUUUCUUGCUUCAUUCAUGAAGGUGACAAGUAGAGUUCUAAUGGAGAUAGAGACUCUUAUCAAAUAUCUAAGUGGGUUCAGAAAGAGAAGAAUACUCCAAGGGAUGAGGGAUACCUAUACUAUAAGAAGAAAAAAUAUCGCAUGAACACAGCUUGAAUUUAGAGCUUAACCCAUCUAGAAGACGUCUACUAAAAUCGUACUAGCUUCUGCUCGUUGAAAAAUGGACUGAGUAUUUCAGUGGUGGGAUAACUUCACCAAAGGUGAAAAGAUCCUUGAACUGAAGCCUUUUAGCUGAAUCUUAUUUGAUGGUAUAAAUGAGUACCAAGCUAGGAGGAAGAUCAGCAACUUUGAGAAACUUGUGCAGUUGAAGAGAGAAAAGAUGAGAAAGAAAUGAAGCCAAAGUUCAUACUACAGGAAGUGGGCACUUUCUGGCAGAAAGAGACAUCUUGCCAUGCAUUGUAUGACUGAAUCAAUAGCAGCAAAGGAGGAGGUGAAGAGCAGCUGUGAAAAUCUUUCUCUGAGCUUUGGGGAGGUGUGCGUCCUUCUGAUAUGCUAGAGUGGCUCAUUGAAAACUGGCUGUGAAUUCAGCACUUCCUGAAUCGCGUGUGGCGUAGAGAGGGAGGUGGAGAAGCCACUCAGGAAAAUCCCAGCAUUCAACAGAGCUGGAGGGACAUCCUCCUCCAAAGGCUUCUGCUGCUCUUGCCGGGCAAUCACCUGAAGAAAAA